UUCUGUCUCAGACCAACACAGCUAUCAAGUACACCCCUGGAUCAAACAAAACACACAUGAUGGGCUGGCCAAUGAUAUGCAGAGACAACAUUGUGCAACACCCUGUCAGAAGCACAGCAACUCAAAGUGUUGGGUGUGCCCAGCUCGGUGGACCAUUGAUUACAUCUCCUGAGUGAUUCUGAAAUGGUAUCAGCACUGAGGUGUUUAAGUUUAUUGAAAUGGGGAAUAACUAGGCUGCAAGGUGAAUGCCUUGUCAUGUAUACAUCCCUUAUCUCUGUGCUGUUGUGUCUAGCUGCCAGACUGCUGUGCUUUGAUUACACUGAAUAAGUGCUGUGUCCAUACUAACUGAGAGAGCCUGGGGCUUCUCUGCGUGGGGGGGUUAAUUAACAGAAUAGUUAUUUUGGAGGAGCUCCAUCCUGAAGUAAUUAACAUGCUUUGAAGCGGAGGAAGUGUUUUUGAAUUAAAUCAUUAUUAGUCCAGAAUAGUUUUAGCUUUGUUGGAGAAUAUGGAUGAAUAUUCCAAGGACAUUAGGUACUGCCUCUAGCACAGCAGCUUUGCUGGAGGAUUACUGGCCCACAUUUGGCCAUUGCAACUGGCAUCCCAUUUUAAGGUCCUCAAAUGACUAUACCUGCUGCCACCACGGUAAAGGUCAGAUGCCAUGGUGAUGAGCACAACCCAAAUACACAGCGUUGCCUCCUCACCUUCAUGUCAUCAGGAAGCUGACAAAGAGGUUGGGCAAGAUUGCAAGGCCCAUCUGAGGUAUGGGGGAAGGAGGAAUGUAUGUCGAUACCCUGCAGAGCAGCUUGAGGUGGGAAUAUUUUGGGUCCCAUUAAACUGCCCUGAUAGGGCUUUAGUCAGUAUGCCCUGCCGGGCUGUGGCAUUCAUGCCUCUGUAGUUAUGGCUCAUGGCUGGUUCAGAAAUCUGGAUGGGAGGUGGAGGAGCCUUGCUGGGAACCUGCAGGUGCAGACAAGGGAUACUGCAGGGGGAACUGCCAGAGUCCUGGCUGGCAACAGCACCCUGAGGUCCAACUCCAGCCCCUGAGCCUGUGCUGCCUGAGGAAUGAGACCCCUCAGGCAUGCUACAAAGGAUCAGACACUGGAUGAUGGACUGUCAUUCCCCUCUCUGCUUUCCCCUAUAAGGUCUUUGAGGCAGGGCUGAUUCUCUUCUCUUUUGGUGCUGUGGCUGGCAUAGUAGGGCUCCACUUUGAGUUGGGGCCUGUAAUUGCUAUUGUAACACAAACAAUACCUAGCUCUUGUGUAUCACAUGUUGGGUCACUGCCAUUAUCCCCAUGUUACAGGUAGAAAAACUGAGGCACAGGGCAGUGAAGUGACUUGCUCAAGGCUGCUCAGCAGGUCCAUGGUGAAGUUGGGAAGAGAACCCAGGUCUUUUAAGUCUCUGUCUAGUGCUUUGCUCACUAAGCCCCACUGCCUUCUAAUGAUAACCCUGAGACUGGGCAACCCUUGGCUCAGCAUGUGCCACUCAGCAUGCUGGGAGGUGCGGAAGCAGAACAGCUCACAGUGGUGCUCCUUCAUCCACACCAACCCUGACUGCCAAAUUGAUGGUGGCUUCCUCGACUACCUGGAUGGGGUCUUCUGUGUCUUCCCCUCAACACUUCUACCGCUGGCUGUGACGCUCUAUGCAAUGUGGCUGCUGUAUCUCUUCAUCAUCCUUGGAGUGACAGCUGAGAAGUUCUUUUGCCCCAAUCUAUCGGCCAUCUCCACCAACUUGAGGCUGUCCCACAAUGUAGCUGGCGUCACUUUCCUGGCCUUUGGGAACGGCGCUCCAGAUGUCUUCAGUGCGGUGGUGGCCUUUUCUGACCCCAGGACUGCGGGGCUGGCAAUCGGGGCUCUCUUUGGUGCUGGCAUCUUCGUGACCACCGUGCUGGCUGGUGGGAUUGCCCUGGUGAAGCCCUUCACAGCAGCCUCCCGGCCGUUCCUCAGGGAUGCCAUCUUCUACAUGGUGGCCGUCUUUGUGACCUUCUUAGCACUUUACUUUGGGAGCAUUUCCCUGCCUUGGGCUCUUGGCUACCUUGGGCUGUACGUCUUCUACGUCUGCACCGUGGUGAUCUGCACCUGGAUCCACCGGAGACAAAGGGAAGGGUCAUCCACUUCCAGCUCCAGAGAACCAGAGCUUGUGACAGAGUCUGAAAAUGGAGGUUCCACCUCAAGUAUGAAUGGUGCAGAUUUUGGUGAAGAAUAUCGACCCCUGCUCCCACAUGAGGAGAAAACACUCCACAUCCUGACCAAAUCCCUGAAUACCCUGGAUUACAGAAAGUGGAGGAGGAAGCCCUGUUACUGGAGACUCUUUGAAGUUUUUAAGAUGCCAAUUGAGUUUGUGCUGCUGCUCACCGUUCCCAUCGUGGACCCUGACACAGAGGACCGGAACUGGAAGAGACCGCUCAACUGCCUGCAUCUGAUCACCAGUCCCCUGGUCUGCAUCCUCACACUGAAAUCUGGUGCCUACGGACUGUACAAAAUCCAGGGUGUCUUCCCCAUCUGGGGCAUGGUGAUCCUGAUUGGGGCUUUCCUGGCCCUUGUCGUCUUCUUCACAACAAAGAACAGGGAACCACCCAAGUACCACUGUCUCUUUGCCUUCCUGGGUUUCUUGGCCAGUGCCAUGUGGAUUAAAGCUGCUGCCACUGAGGUAGUCAACAUCCUACGGACCUUGGGUGUGAUCUUCCAGCUGAGCAACACUGUGCUGGGCCUGACGCUGCUGGCCUGGGGGAACAGCAUCGGUGACACAUUCUCAGACCUCACCAUGGCACGGCAAGGAUAUCCCCGUAUGGCUUUCUCUGCCUGCUUUGGGGGCAUCAUCUUCAAUAUCCUGGUUGGAGUGGGGUUGGGCUGCUUACUGCAGAUGACAAGCAGCCAGUCUGUGGUAAAGCUGGAGCCAGAUGGCCUUUUAAUGUGGAUCCUGGCUGGGGCACUGGGGCUUAGCGUAGUAUUUUCCUUUGUGUCAGUGCCAGCACAGUGCUUCCACCUGGGCAAAGCGUACGGCAUCUGCCUCCUCAUCUACUACCUGGCUUUCCUCACGGUGGCUUUGCUGACAGAAUUCAAGGUGAUUGAGCUUACCACCCUCUGAAAGCAGUGCUGCAAGAGGAUGUCCAGCCACUUGAUACCACCUAUGGUGAGGAGCUUGGGAUGGGUUUCAGAGCUCGCAGGUCUCAGACCGAGUUGCUAGUCAUGAAGAAGCAAGACCUGGAGGUGGGAAAGUCCAGUCCUCGUGCCGCCAUUGUGGGAUGCUCAACUGCCAGGUGACUUUCGACGUUCCCUGGCUGGACCCAUUCAGUUCCUUCUCCAAAUCACUGAAGGACACCCCACCCAAAGGGGACUCAGACCAAGUAACCCAUCUUCCUUGUGAACACACCACCAAAACUAGCAUUCAUUUUUCUAUCCUGAAGGCAUUAUGACAAUCUGAAUUUACUGCUAAGAUGUAGCACACUUUGGAUGUUAAGCUGGAAAUGACCCUUCCACCCCAGGGAACUAGAAGCUGACUCAGCACGGGAAAAACAAAACAGUGCUGCUCAAUCCACACAUCCUCCAGCUCAGGGGCUGCCCAACCAAAUGAGAACCGGGAGCCACCUGUCAAGCCAUCCUGCUGGCACUCCACAGUCAGUAUUAAUUGUUCCCAUUCAUUUUUUAUGGAAAGGGAUUGGUCAGAAUAGGAACCAUUUUUAAAGAGACUGUUUUAAAAGGAAGGUUUUGAACAGGGAUCAUUUUAAGUGACUGCGGUCCUCAGAGGAAUUUUGCAGCUGCACAGAAAGGACUUUUACACACGAAAAUUCCGUUUUUAUAGUUUUUUAUUCCUUCCACUGAUUUUAUUUCCUCCUUCCCUUUAAUACCUCUCACCCCAGCUUCCCCUGUGGAGAAUAAAGCAAUCAGCAUUCACUUCACAAUCAUGCAAACUUGUGAAAUAACGGUUUCAGUGCAACUUUGGGCAUGUUUGCACUACACAAAGGGUAUGUUCUUAACUUGGGUUAAAACAGCAGCAAAGAAAGUAAUGUGGAAUUAGCCACUUGAGUUCCCAUUCAGGAUCCCCAGUAUGUCAAUGUGAAUAUUUUCUCUAUGGGGAAAUACUUGGUACUCUAUUGGUUUACACACACAACCUUUUUGCCUUUGGAAUCCUAGGCUCAGAUGCUGUACGAAAAAGUCAAAUAAACACAGGUCAGUGAUCUUUACCUGGUGUCCAGUGCUAAUGCAACACAGAGCACAAUGGAUUCUUGGUCCAUGACAGGGGCCUUCUAGCAGUCACCGCAAUACAAAUAAUACUGAGUAAAGAUUGUUCGUCCAU